UCCAUAAUGGACACAAUCCCAUUGUCACCAUCAUCAUCAAUUCACAGCAGUUUCGGAGCAAAGGUGAGAACUUUCUUCUUCCAUAUCCCAAACCCACGACUCUUAACUCUCUACAGUUUACACUAUCGGCAGCUCUUCCAUUUUCUUCCUCGGCAUUGCCAUGCUCUUCCAGUGGUGCUUCCAUGGCCACUGGACACUUCUUACCUCUAUCUCUCUCCUCGCCCUCCCUCUCUCUCUGUUCCUCCUCUGUUUCCUCUUCCACCGCCGUCUCCGAAAUGACGAAGUUUCAUUACCCCCAACUCAACGAACUGAAGAACGAGAAGAAGCAGAAACAGCUUCUUCCUCCAUGGUCUCUUCGUCGGAAGAUGAUGGUCAUCACGGCGAUUCCGGGUCGAAUACGAAGAGGGAGUUUGUCAUUUGUGCGGUGUGUGCGUCAAGACUUGUUGUCUCCGGGCCGAAUCGGACGUGGGCUCCGGCGGCAGCCAUUGAAGAUGGGCGAUUGAAAAGAGAACAGGGUGAUUUUGUUGUCUGUGCUUCGAGUCUGGCCGCUUCCUCUGGCGGGAACGGGAAAACAGGGGAGGAAGAGGAAGCUGAUUUUGUCGUUUGUACAUCUAGAUUGGUUGAACAGAGUGGUGGGGAUGAAACAGGGGAAGAGAAAGCCGCCAUUGAUGACGGUAAAUCAAAGAAGGUAGGCUUCGCCAUUAGUGAUGGUAAAUCAAGCUCCUCGGUAUCGGCAUCCAUAAUUGAUCAGGUCGAAUCGAGCCAGAAGCAAGAACUCGUCGUACGGACGUCGAAAUCGGCCGUUCAAAUCGGUGGGAUGGGAACAGAGGCGGCUAUAAUCAAUGGCCAGGAAACUAAUCCAAAUGAAGAAGAAUUGGGUCCAGAUGGUAACCAAGAAUCUGCUGUUGACGAAUUCUUCAGCUGCGUUUCGAGCAUGGUUCCAAUUGUUACUGGUGGGUCCGAAGCAGGGGCCGCCAUUGAUCUUGUUCGAUUGAGCAUAGGGGAAGUAGAAGAAGAAGGAGAGUUGGGAUCUUGUUCGAAGCUGUUAAUGGCUAUUGAUAAUGAAGAUGACGAUGAUGAACAACAGCAGGAAGAAAAGGAGGAAUCUUUAGUCGUUAAUGCCUCUAGCUUGGCGCCGGGGAUGGUAAGUGGUGGUUAAGUUGCGGCAGAGUUUCAGUAACAAGCUUAUGGUAGGAAUUCCUGAGGUUAAACCGUUAAAUUCUCAGUUUCUGUUUUCAUUUGUUAUUCUUUCAUAGUCUUAGAAUAAGAGAAAGAUCAACCAUAUAGGUUACCAACAAGGAAAGGGGAACCAAUGGUUGUGCAAAUCACAUCAUAGUUUAUACUUCAUUUGUUCUUCUAAGAAGAAUUGCCCAUUUGCUAGGCAUUUUAGGUCUCUUGAUGAGGGAUGUCCAUGCCAUGAAACUCUAUUUUGGGGGAACUAGCUAGAUUGUCUUCUUUGAUCGUUACUGAACAAAAGGUGAAUUGUGUUGUACUGAAAAAAUGAGAAUCGAUCAAUUUUUAAGAUAUCGAGACCUUAAGUAAACCUUGAAAGCACUUAGAUGAUGGGAGAUGACAUGUAACUUGUUGUGUUGUUAAAGAUUGUAAGUUGAGCUUGAAGAAUCUAGAGGCUUAGAUAGUAUCAUAGGGCUUGAGACUGGUGACGAAUCAUGGUAGACAAUGAAUUCGCUAGGUCUUGAAGAUGCUAAUUUGAGAUUUGAGAAGUCAAGGUUAUACAUACCUAAGUUUUAUGAGAGAGUGGGAGAUAUCUUUGACUCUUGUGUUACUGACAAAACUAACACGAGCAAAAACAAACGAAACUCUCUCUCUCUUUACGUCACAUACUUUUUUUUUCUAAACAAUCACAAAGAUCAAAGAGUAUUUUUUUUACCGUCAUCUAUUCUUUACUCAUUUUUUCAUGUUUCACAUUUUUUAACUGUCAAUAAUAUGUUCGUUAUCAAAAAUUUGUCAAUAAGAUGUUGGUCUCUCAUUUUUAUUCUUCUUCAACGCAAUUAAAUGUCUCGUAACCUAUCAAUGGUUAAAACUUGCAAGUGUUGUACAAGCUAGUGAAUGCUCGAUGAGGGUUCAAAAUUAUCAAGUUUUGGUGCAUGAUGAUUCAUCCAUAGGGGGUUUGGGUGUGAAGGUAAGUAAUAGAGUUGUGAAUCACUUUUUUUAGGUAAAGUUAGGUUAAUCUUUUGACAAUUCAAUUAAAUAAAGUUAGAAGGUGGAGUUAAACUUUCUUCACCAAUACUCAAAAGCCUUAAAAAGGUAGUACAAUUUCAUCAUCAUGUUACCUUUGAUCCUUUAUUGACAUCAUUUCAUUAUUGGAUGAAAACUUAUAUGCAAAUGCAGAAAAAAGGAAUGUCUUUCUUCAACGACAAAGAUAAUUUGAUUUGAUCACACCAUUGUAAUGAUUUAUGACUAUUUUGCUGUCCUGCUCUUGUAAACACUUCUAACAAGUACUCAUAAUCUAUACUUGUAGCAUAAAUUAUAGUGAUAAAUAUUUUUUAUUUUAACUUGAAUGAGAGAGAAAAGUACUUAAAAUUUUCACAAACAAUAUGUCGACUUCGAUUGAAACAUGACUACACCACAAAUUUAUUGGGGUACAUGCAAUCCAAAUUGAGUUUGUGAGUAGUAUACUGGUGUUUGGAACAUAAUAAUGUCUCGUGUGACAUAUAAACGACUUGACAUAUCGCAUGUCAAGUUUUAACGGGCCAUUAGAUUUGUUAGAAACUACGAUUAGAAAAGAAAAUGCCUCAACAAUUGAAGCAAGCAAGUAGAUCACGUUUUUCAACCACCAAUUUUCUACUAGUAUACAUAACUUGGUUCCACCACCUCUCCAUCUCACGUUCUCUUUCCAAAAUUUUAUUGACCCUAGAUCAAAGACUUCUAUGGAAUCCCGUCAAUAUGUACAUGCUUUGAAAUAAAAGCAAAGUAGAUUGUUAAUUAGAAGGGGAAACAACCUAACUUUUUUGUGAGAAAGUCGAUCUUAUGUAAGUUUAUUGUCAGAGAAUUAUUUCAAUCGAUUGUCUGUCCAGAUUUUGAUGUAUACACAUGUCGUUCAUAACAUCUUCCAAGAAAAAUUUUGAUGGAAUAAUAGAUUCGAAUAUGAGAUCUCAUUCAAAUGAAUUUUUGAAUUUCCA